GUAGAUAACAAUUAAGGUCUCGUGACAAUGAAGUAGAUAUGAAUCAGCUACACAUUAUAUAAUCAUUAUUGUAACAGUCGACUCUAAAACCAAUAAAACAAAUUUAGGAUUUUCAGCUACAGUAUGGCUGAUCCAUGUGAAAAAGCAGCGGAACAAUUAACCACACCAACAACAACAUUAAUGGAAUCUGAAGGUGAUCUACAGGUUUAUUGCCAGCACUGUGACCGAUAUGGAUUAAGAUUGGCUGCCCAUGGUUACUGUACCAAUUGUUGUGAAUACAUAUGUGAGUCCUGUUUUAUAUUUCACAAGAACCAUAUUCUGUCUAGAGAUCAUAUACUGCUACACAAAACAAACUUCCCGCAAACAUUACGAUCACCUUCAAGUAGUUAUUCUCAACAGAACGAUGACUUUACAGAAAUUUGCCCAAAACACAAAGAAGAAAUGAUCAAGUCCUUCUGCGAAGAUCACAAAGCCCUACUCUGUAAUGUUUGCAUUACCCUUGAACACCCGGUGACUUCUUGCAAGGUCAAAAGCAUAGUCGACAUUUCUCAAAAUGUUAUCGGCGGGAACGAGUACCGAGAAAUUCUGAAAACAAUGGAUUCAAUUUCUGAAAAAUACCAUAAAAUGAAUGAUGAAAUGCAUAAAAUGUCUAUAAAGUGUAGCAAAUCCUUGGCAGAUGUUUUGGUUAACAUCAGGACAUUUAGGGAACAAAUCAAUCAAAGAUUAGAUGAACUUGAGAACCAGGCCGAAGAAAGAGCAGACUUUAUCCGAGAAUAUAAUUCAGAAAAACUUAAGACAGUAGAAACAGCAUAUCAUGAUGUGACAAUAAUUAUUGAAAAAUUAUCUCGUUCAAUCCAACAACUCAAUACAUAUAAACGACCAGAACGGCUCUUCGUGGAAGUAAAGUGUGCAGAGGAAAUGAUGAAAAAUUAUGAACAAAAUUUACAGAAGCUAAAGUUUACAAUCAAUUAUGAUGUCAAAGAUUGCAUCUUCAAGCCAAAUGAGAAAAUAUCAAUGCUACUCAAAAGAGAAAAGUCACUGGGUAAUAUAGUGAAAAACAGACUAAAUGAAGAAAACACUGUAGAAACCUUACAAAUACAGUCCAGACAACCUUCUGCCUGUGGUGAAAUCUGUGUGAAGACACCUGGGGACCAUUCCACCUGUUGGAUUACAGGAAUGGUUUUCCUCACUCCACAGCUUCUUAUUGUCAUUGACAGUAAUAACAAUGCGAUUAAGAUGGUCGAUACAGGCAACCAAUCUACUACUCAUCAACUACAAUGUUGUCAUAGGCCAUACGAUAUCGCUGCAGUAAACAAAACUGAACUCGCUGUCACACUGCCUGACAGUAGAGAAAUUCUCUUUGUCUCAUCCUGCUCAAACAAACUAACAGAAGGCCAAAUUAUUAAAACUGGUGGCAGAUGUUUAGGUAUAAGUUGUUAUGAAGAUAAACUUGUUGUUUCAUUCAGUAAUCCCGCAAAAAUCCAGAUCUUGAAUAUGAAUGGCACGGUACUAAAAACAUUCCCGGAUGAUAUAUUCAAUUCCAAUCCACUAUAUGUUGUAACAAACAAAAAUGCUAUCUAUGUGUCAAAGUUUGGACUGAGAACGGCGAUAAGAUUCAACUGGGAAGGUGAUGUUACUGGUAGAUACCGUGAUAUGUGUGUACCUAGAGGAAUGGCACUGUCUGAUGAUGGCACUGUCUUUAUUUGUGACAGAGAAAGGGACGAUAUUGAAGAGAUAUCUGAGGACUGCACCAUAAGACAAGUUUUGUUAGAGGAUUUGAAAAGUCCCCAGUCUGUCUGCUGGUGUGCCGAAACAAGACAGCUUUAUUACAGCUGUUAUACUUGAAAUGACGCAGACGACAAUUUUCUCCAAAUCUACAAGUUGACGUAGAUCGGUGUACUUUGUCACUACGUGAUCAUAUGAUGUAGCUGCUAUAUGCAGAUGAAAAUUUUGCACUGAUAUUUAACUAAUGUAAUAAACUAUGAGUAACGAUUUUAU